CGGCGGUGGCGUCGGCGGUGCCAACAAAACCGGCCAUGCGGCGGCGAGGCGGCAUCUACAACGUUUGCCACACACAAGAACCCAAACAACAACAACAUGAACACGGAUAGCAAGAUUACGACGACAGAGAGCAUCGCGACGGCAGGCAGCGAUGGAUACGACCAGUGCGCGGCGGCGGCGGGGUGGCCGGGGAGUUGACCAAGGAGUACGAGACUUUUGACGACAUGGGGCUCGCCGACGAGAUCCUCCACGGGCUGUAUGCGUAUGGCUACGAGAACCCGUCGCGGAUCCAGACGCUGGGAAUUGUGCCCAUUGCCAAGGGCCGUGACAUUGUGGCGCAGUCGCAGAGUGGGACCGGCAAGACGGCGACGUUUGUCAUCGGCGCGCUGCAGCAGAUGGUCAACACGGGAACGGUGAGCGACGGCAUGCCGCGCCUGCUGAUUCUAGAGCCGACGCGCGAGCUGGCGCUUCAGAGCGCGGGUGUGGUCGAGGACCUCGGCUCCUACCUCGACGUGGGGGUGACGACGUGCAUCGGCGGCUUGAGGCGGUGGGACAACAUCAGCGAGCUGCGGCGGAAGCGGCCAGGGGUAGUGGUGGGGACGCCCGGGCGGGUGCUCGACCUGGCCGGCGCCGGCGAGCUCGACCUCUCGGCCAUCAACCGGCUGGUGCUCGACGAGGCCGACGAGAUGCUCUCGAUGGGCUUUGUCGAGGCCAUGUACGAGGUGGUGCGCCAGCUUUCGGACGCGGCUACGAUUGCGCUUGUCUCGGCCACCCUCGAUGAUGGCGUGCUCGCCAUCGCCGACAAGAUGCUGCGCAGCCCGGUGCGGAUUCUGCUCGAGCGCGACGAGGUGACUCUUGAGGGAAUCGACCAGUACUACGUCAUGGUUGAACGGCAGGAGCACAAGCUCUCUACACUGCUUGACCUCUACGCCACCAUCUCGGUCUCGCAGACGGUCAUCUUCUGCAACACCCGCCAUGGGGUUGAGGCGCUGGCGGCUGCCCUCGACGCCGAGGACCAUACCGUGGCGUACGUCCACUCGGAGAUGCCACUCGAGGAGCGGCGCGACAUCCUGGCGGCCUUUUCCACCGGCGCGGCGCGGAUCCUGCUCGCCACCGACCUCCUCGCCCGCGGUAUUGACGUCCAGUCGGUCUCGCUCGUCAUCAACUACGACAUGACCCGCAACAACCGUGAGAACUAUGUCCACCGCAUCGGCCGUGGCGGCCGCUUCGGCCGCAAGGGCGUCGCCAUCUCAUUCGUGCAGCCGGCAGACACCCGUGAGGUCCGCGACAUCGAGGCCUUCUACGCCACAACUAUCCACCCGCUUCCGGCGGCGCUCGACACCGUCUUUGCCAGGUAGGGGAGAGGCGAGACAACAGCAACAAAGAACUUCACACAUCA